AUGAUAAUGGCCGAGCGAGCAGCAGACUGUCUGGCCAAACUGGGGCUCGACGGUUCCAUGCACAACAACGACAUACCCAGUCAGCCGUCUCAUCUUCAACCUUCAUUCGGACACCAUCGACGCUGUCGCAGUUUGAGAGAGCGAACAGGCGUCGAUCAUCGCUUGGAACGACUUCCAAGCGGUCCAAUCAACAAAACUCCGCUCUACACGGUGAUCACGGGUGUUAACACCAACAAGAGCCGUCCUGUGAAGAUAGCGGACUUUGCUGAGCAUGUUCGUAUGAUGGCUGCUGAUUCCGAUUUCCGGCUUUUCCGAAGGAGUAUGAGAUUCUUCGAAAUGUUGGAUGCGGACAAUCAUAUACGGCUGCAGAAUUGCCCGCAAAUAAGCCAAAGAACAGAUUUACAAACAUUCUUCCUUAUGAUCAUUCCCGUGUUCGAUUGA